UAUAAUAAAUUGUUGUUAAAUAAGUGAUUAUAGUUCAAUUUAUAAAUUUUAUAUAAUUAUAAAAAAAUUAAAAUGGUGGAUACACGAACAUUGACUGAAUCAGCUGAGAAAGAAAGACAAGAAAUGGAACAAUUAACAAAACUUAUGACUAUGAAAUCAGCUCAAAUAAUUGUACAGUCAAGAAUGGGAGAAAAGUUACAUACUUAUUGUACCAACCAAAAUAGUUCGAUGAAUGUUGCUAUAAAAGAGAUACCUGAUGUAGUAACUGAAACAAAGCUGGCCUUAAGCAAUGGAAUUGGAGGAGAUUCUAUGCCUUUAUGUGUAGAAAUUUUUUUGAAAACCAUUGAUGGAGAUAUUAUGACAUUAGAAACAUGGAGUAUUGGUUUAUUAGCAGAAAGUGCCUUUGAUCCAUUUUGCUCUCGACAUUUAGUUUAUACACUAUAUAAUAGAUUAGGAAUUUUAUUAAAAUCAUUGGUAUCAGUUUCUCGAGUAAUACCAGCAUAUCGAUAUUCCAGACAACAAUCUAAUGAUUCUUUUCAAAUUCAUCAUCGAAUUUAUGCUGGCGAACCUCAAAUUCACGCACUUGGAAAGGAAUAUAAAGAAUUACAGAUUGGUCAAGUGUCAAUGCCAAUUGGAACCAUUCAAGUGACAGUUUGUUAUCGUACCUCUAUGACUCUAACAUCUCAACAGGACCCGAUUAUGCUCAAGAGUGAUCAUUUUCGAAAAGAGUAUAGUCCACGGCAUAAUCAAAUAAUCAAAACUCCCAUUGAUGAAGAGUCCAGAAAAGCAUAUAUCAUGGAUGAUUGGACAGUGGGCGCCUUUUCUGACAGUCUCGAAGAAAAAGUUAAAAAACUAAACCUAUAUCGUAUUCCUGAAUUUCCAAAAGAUACCUUCAUUAAACCAAGAAAACGAGCUGAAUAUUGGCCGCCACAUAUGGUAUCUAGUAACCAAUUGUCAAAAGCACAACAGAACUCUACGAAUGAAAAUAACAAUUCAAUUUCAAUAUCAGCUCAAAAUAACAAAAUUAAUUCUGGAGUUGCUUAUAAUACCAAUUCAUAUGAAACUAAAAAUAAAACCAAUCAUUCAAUGAAUACAUCCAGCAAUGAGGCCAUCAAUGAUUUUAUUUUGGGUCAGUCUGUUAAACCUCAUUCGCCAGAAGAUUUUUGUCGGCGUCGUAGUUGUGAUACCAAUCCAUUACAGUUUAAGCCAGCUGCAUUUUCAGAUUCAAAUCCCAACAUUGAAUUAGCAUUAUUCUAUCAAAAAUUUCUCAGAGCUCCAUCAUUAAGAGUUCGUCCUGAUCAUUUGAAUGUUAACAACCAUUUGUCUGAAAUUGUUGAACAAAUUAAAUGUUUUGAUGAACGAAUGGACGAAUUUGACAGGGUAGUAUUAGAUUUAUGUCACAAAGAUGAUGAUAGUGAAUAAUAUUAUUAUAAACAUACCCUCCGUACGUUUUGUAACAAGACUGACUGUCAAAAGAGUAAAAAGCUCAAAAAUAAUAGGUACUUUAUAUACUUAUACAUAUAUUUAUAUAUUAUAUAUGUAUAUACUUUUUAUAUUUUAAAACAAGUUAUAGCAAAGUUAUAAAUAAUGGUAAAACAUAAUUGUUUUGUUUAUUUUCUAAGCAAAUGACUGACCGAUGAUUGAUGAAUUAAUAAAUUAUUUUUAUUUAUUAUCCUCGCGUAGGGUAGUGGUCUUUUGAAAUGAUUCAAUUGGACCUGAAAGUUCCUCUUUUUUUGUUAAACAUAAAAUAUAACACAUUUUGCAUUUUUGUUUAAUGCGGUUUAGUUUUAAUUUUUAUUUAUUUUAUUUGUUUAUUUCAUUGUCAUUAAGUUACCUUUAAAAACCAUGUUAAUUUAAUUUUUUCUUCGUCUUUUUUCUAAUAGGCAACUUUUAUACCAAUUUAUGAUGAAACCAUGCUCAAUACUACUUAUAUUAACAAUAUUUAUUACAGAUUUUUAUUUUAUUCAUGCAAUACAGGGUCAGGGUUAUCAAAUUACUCUUUGGGUAUUACAUAUUUACAUUCUAAGCAGUUAUAUAAAGUAUAGUGUCUUUAUAGUUAUCACACCUAAAUAGUUACACAACAAAAAAUGUAUUUUCUAGAUUAUAUUUAUGUGUUUAUAUUAGUUGCCUGUUUCUUAUUAUUUUCUUUGAUGUCUUCAUUAUUUUUAAUUUCUUUUUUUAAGUUUUAUUUAUAAUUAUAGUCAAUUGUUACUGAAUAUUGUUAAUCAUAAUAUACGGAGAGGAUGUUCAUAUUUAUUUCAUUAUUUGUCAUUUGACAAAUAUUAAAUAAGCAGAAAACUAUUGGAGAUAUUUCUCUUUAAUUCUUUUUU